AGUAGAUCCCUAAAGUUUCCGUUCAAACACUGGGCCUAGCUCAAGGACACGAGUACGCGACUCAACCGGGGCUCGAAACUUCAGGCCGCUCUUCACCGCAGCCUUCCUGCCGGCGGGGAAGAAGGCAGAAGGUCGAAGCCGUGCGGCCCACCCGGCCCGCAGCUGCCCGGAGGCUGGAGGUCGGGCCCCAACGCCCGCGCUCCGGGCUGAGAGGAACGUGCGUCUCUGCAGCUUCCGGGAAAGGGCUUCCCCUCCAGCCAAUCACCGCUCGCGUCCCCCGCCCCGGAAGAAGCCGUUGCCCCGAGCGACUACCACGUCCGGCUUCUAGGGUUUGGUGGCGGGAGAGGCCAUGAGCAAGGGCAGGGCUGAAGCUGCGGCGGGAGGUAACGGGGGUGCCAGCACGGAGAAAACUUGGGAGGGGAGCGGUGAGGAGGUUCUAUCGAAUGACUCCCUGUCCCGCCUCCUCCCUCUCCAUAGCCCCCGUGCUCCUCCUGAAAUACCUGCAAGAGCAGAACCGUCCCUACAGCGCCCAGGACGUGUUCGGGAACCUGCAGCGGGAACACGGACUUGGCAAGGCGGUGAGGGACCCCCGCCCCCGGGACACCUCGAAUCAGGCUGGAGCCCUGCCCUUUGGAGCUGCCACGAGCUUGCCGGCUUGUCGGGCGCUUCCGAUCAUUUGGUGAAAUCCCCCCCACUCGGGCCCAAAGGCACUUCUCUGAUUGUCCCGCCCCCUCCCCUCUGCCAGACUGUGGUGAAGGCGCUGGAACAGUUGGCCCAACAAGGCAAGAUCAAAGAGAAGACGUAUGGCAAGCAGAAGAUAUAUUUUGCAGAUCAGGACCAGUUUGACAUGGUGAGUGAUGCUGACCUCCAAGGCCUGGAUGCCAAGAUCGUUGCCCUCACUGCUAAGGUGCAGAGCCUGCAGCAGAGCUGCCGCCACAUGGAGGCUGAGCUGAAAGAGUUAACUAGUGCCAUGACCACAUCGGAGAUGCAGAAAGAAAUCCAAGAGUUAAAGAAGGAAUGUGCUGGCUACACAGAGAGACUGAAGAACAUUAAGGCGGCCACCAACCAUGUAACUCCAGAAGAGAAAGAGCAGGUUUACAGAGAGAGGCAGAAGUACUGUAAGGAGUGGAGGAAGCGGAAGCGGAUGGUAAGUGUGCUGGAGUGCCAAGGCAGGCGGGAAGAGCUUUUGGAAAACAGCAGUUACUGGGGAAAUUGCUGCUUACUACCAUGCAUCUGCCAGGCAGUUCCCAGUACUGGCCAUCUGAAAGGGCUUGUUUUCUGUUCUUGUCAGGCAACAGAGUUGUGUGAUGCAAUCCUUGAAGGAUACCCCAAGAGCAAGAAGCAGUUCUUCGUAAGUGGGACUCUCCCCCUCCCCUGCUCUCUUUGGUUUUCGCCCAGAGAGGUCACAUUCACUUGUCUCCCUGCCCACAGGAGGAAGUUGGGAUAGAGACAGAUGAGGAUCACAACGUCAAGCUCCCAGACCCCUGAGAGGCCCUCUGGCAGGACUAGGGGAUGGGAACAGAGGGCCUGGACUGGCUGCCUUGUUGAGGUUGGCUUUUUUGUUGCAGUUCCUGCUGCUUUCUGCCUCUGAGCAGAGCAGCGGGAGAGGGGCAUAAACCAAAGUACCGAGUGGAGGGACAGAGGGCUGUAUUCCUGAGUGAUGAUCACGUUCAUUUCAUUGAAUACUUGCAAUUCUCUCGAGCUUAGAUCUGGAGCAAUGCUGAAGGAAAGCAUUUGGCAAUAUUUAUUGUUAUAUAGUUUGAUAUAAAAAUAUUUAAUUUCCUCUGGAUAGUCAAAUCUCCCAGACAUCAGAGCUGAAGAGGCAGGGUGGGUACUUAGGGGUGGGGGUCUGGAGAGGCUACUAUACACCAGCAUUUGAGGAGCUUAUGCCUCACCCAGGACUUUCCUGGGCUUGUGCACCCCAGGAGGCCUUUAGAGUUUAUUCUGAAUGCCAUCACUCCACCCCCAAGUCCUGGGAGAAAUGCAGGCAGUGCUGAGAGAAAGUGGAGACCCAGACAAACUUCAUGAGCAGCUGGGAAUGGUCUUGAGGCCCAGCUAAUUUUCCAAAAUUGUAACUUUAGCAAAAUUGCAUUGUGGUUUAGCAAAAAUAAAAAAUGUAAAUACGU